AGGUUAUAAAACACCCGAGAUCCGUUACGGUCGAAUCAAAACGUUGCUUCGCCUCGACGCUGUGAACCACGCAGGGAAGAAAUCCCAGAAAGAUUUUAUGUACGAGAAGGGAAUAAACGAUUUCAGCAUCUGAAUGCGGAUGAUUAAUAUAAUGGAGUCUGAAAAGUUGGGUAGGAAAGAAGCUGGAGUUGUGGUGGUGAGCUUAGCACUGCUCUUCGCCAGAGGAGUACAUACAGGAUACGUGGAGGCCGCAGUUGUAUCUUCAAGCGACCGGGAACCGGUUGCCAACAUCAAAAGCAACACGAUCGAUUGCUCCACACCGCCUCAUCCGGGAACUCCGAAGUGCCGAGCGUGGCGCACCAACUACUAUUACAGCGAACCCACCGGUACUUGCGAAUCAUUCAUAUAUUCUGGCUGUGGCGGAUCUCUCAACAGGUACGAAACCCGAUCCAUCUGCGAAGAAGUAUGCAUUCGGCGAGCCCAAAAUUACUUCAGACAGAAAGCAGGCUUCAAACUUCCGGUGGACUUUCGCGAGGAUGAGCAGUUGCAGUAUUACGGCGCCGGAAAUCCCGAUUUCUACCAGUCAACGGAAGACAACCGGAAGGCAGGGUUUAAGCUACCAGACCCUGAAAGCGCCGUGAAGGUUGAGAGUCCUCCGGUCGCGCAGACAGUCGCAAGCAAACCUGUCACAAAUGCUCCACAGAGCGGAGGCCUUCGAAAUGUGCUGAAUCGUGUGAUCAGCAAUUUGUUCGGAGGAUAACUUCAGUUCAUUAAUGACUUCUGAAUUUGAAGGGAGCAUGCGUGUGGAGUCUUGAAAUCGUUACCUUAACACCCACGAGGAGCAUCCAGGCGAUGAACCCGUCGUAAUUUUACCACCGAGGAGUCGGAAUAUCGCGAGUUUUUAGCUUUAGAACCGAAGACUUGAGAUAAUAUUUUUUUUAUCAUUAAGAUGCCCGCAACUCUUGCCAUUUGCGAACGCCUGAGAAUAAAGGCUUUGUUCAAAAUA